CGAAUUGACCCAAAUGAACCAAGGCUAUCUUGAAAUUCUUUCUGGUACUCAAGAAUAUGAACAACGUGAUACCACUGUAAUGCGCAUACGAGGCAUUACUGAGUGGAAAGGAACCAUGGUUCAUGGUGCGAUUAACCUUGACAAAGAAUUCAACUAUCGCCAGGCUAUGAAACUCUUCGCAGACCCUUCUAAACUUCAUAACGAUCGAUUCCUUGUUUGCUACAUUCAUUUAAAUGUUUACGGCCAACGCGCCCUUCGAACUCGUGAACUUUGCGAGGAAAUAAUUCGUGAUCUUGAAUUAGCCGCUGAAAGAUCUCCCAAAAUAAUCAUAGAUUUCUGUGAAAUUGAUGAAAUUAGUCAAGCUUUCCGCGGUUUCCUAAAACAAUUUGUAUUGAAGAAUUCGAAAAUACAAAUUUUGAUUAUGGUUCCUCCAACUGCAGAUGAAGAACUUAAAGAAGAUUUACAAGAAUUGAUCGA